GUGACCCUUGCCCGCCUGCCUGCCUACCACCCCCCUACAGCUGGAAUCAAGAAGGCUGUGUCCCCCUUCCUCUGGGCUCUGGGCGUCCUUCCCUGUCUCCUGCUGCCAGCAAGCCCUGGUGGGGAACCUGAGGUGACGGCUCUCAUGCUGCCAGUGGGGGGCACAGUCUUCAGAAUGUUCCGGAGGGAAUAGAAGCCAGAACCUGAGCCUCUGACCUCUAUUUCCCCCCAGUGAUGGGGCCCCCAACGUGUCAUCUGUUGACUGGCCUGUGUGUGGGGAUGGUCUUGGGCUGGGUGGGGGGCUCAGCCCCCAGCCUGGGCCCUGCUGAGCAGGAGCAGAACCAUUACCUGGCCCAGCUGUUUGGCCUGUAUGGAGAGAAUGGGACGCUGACUGCAGGGGGCCUAGCUCGGCUUCUCCACAGCCUGGGGCUAGGCCGAGUUCAGGGGCUUCGCCUGGGAUACCAUGGGCCUCCAGCUGGCCGGGCUGCACCCCCAACCGGAGAUAACUCCACACACAGGCUACAGGACCCUGAGCUGAGUGUGGAUAUCUGGGCAGGGCUGCCUCUGGAUCCCUCGGGGUGGGGUGAGCUGGAGGAGCCAAAGGCCCCCUCGGGCCUGGGCCUCUUUCACAGGCUUCUGCUGCUGGACCACUCACUGGCUGACCAUCUGAAUGAGGAUUGUCUGAACGGCUCCCAGCUGCUGGUCAAUUUUGGCCUGAGCCCCGCUGCUCCUCUGACCCCACGUCAGUUUGCUCUGCUGUGCCCAGCUCUGCUUUAUCAGAUUGACAGCCGUGUCUGCAUCCAGGCCCCAGCCCCAGCACCACCUGGGGAUCUACUUUCUGCCCUGGUUCAUAGUGCCCUGGCGGUCCUGCUGCUCAGCCUGCCUGCUCCCCUCUCCCUGCUGCUGCUGCGGCUCCUGGGACCUCGUCUAUUGCAGCCCCUGCUGGGUUUCCUGGGUGCCCUGGCCGUGGGCACCCUUUGCGGGGAUGCAUUGCUACACCUGCUGCCGCAUGCACAAGGAGGACAGCAUGCAGGGCCUGGCGGGCAACCAGAGGAAGACCUGGGUCCGGGGCUGUCGGUGCUUGGAGGCCUCUUCUUGCUCUUUGUGCUGGAGAACACCCUAGGGGUUUGGCAGCACCAACGGCCAAGAUGCUGCAGGCGGAAAAGAAGGGAUCUCGGAACUCCAAACCCGGACCCGGAGGAUGGCAGUGGGAUGGCUCUUCAGCCCCUACAGGCCGUUCCAGAGCCAGGGACUCAGGGCCAGAGGGAGCAGCAUGACAGCCAGCUCUCAGCAGCCCCAGCCCCAGCCCCUUCUGGGCUCCAAGGCCACAGUCACGGGCACCAGGGUGGACAUGGCACCAACAUCACAUGGAUGGUCCUCCUGGGAGAUGGUCUGCACAACCUCACUGAUGGGCUGGCCAUAGGUGCUGCCUUCUCAGAUGGCUUCUCCAGUGGCCUCAGCACCACCCUAGCGGUCUUCUGCCACGAGCUGCCCCACGAACUGGGUGACUUUGCAAUGCUGCUGCAGGCAGGGAUGCCCUUUCGGCGGCUGCUAAUGCUGAGCCUGGUGUCUGGAGCCCUGGGACUGGGGGGUGCUGCCCUGGGGGUGGGGCUCAGCUUGGGCCCCAUCCCCCUCACUCCCUGGGUGUUUGGGGUCACUGCUGGGGUCUUCCUCUACGUGGCCCUUGUGGACAUGCUACCAGCCCUGCUUCGUCCUCCUGAGCCCCUGCCUAUGCUCCAUGUGGUACUGCAGGGGCUGGGGCUUCUGCUGGGGGGCAGCCUCAUGCUCACCAUCGCCCUGCUGGAGGAGCAGUUGUUGCCACUGGUCUCUGAUGGCUGAUGGGAGCCAAGUGGAAAGGGGUCCGGGCUGCCCUUCCUUCCCCCCAGCCACAGGAAUGGAGGCGGGACACAGGGCCAGUAGGAGCAAUAGGAUUUUAAUAAACAGAACCCAUCCCAAA